UGUCCUAGUGUUAGCAUGUAAAAUUCUUGGUAUACGAUUAAGGUAACUUACUUCUCGCGUAGUUAAAACGAACAGGUUGUUCUCCAUGCAUGGGGUCGGAUCGAAUGCUAUAUGGCCAAGGUUCAGGAUUAGCUUCAUUCAUAACACGAUCAGAAAUGUUAAUUAUCGAUUUUAUGUGAUUGUGGUUACUGCAUAAUCAUCUAUCAGUGGAUGGCUGAGAUGAAGAUCAAGAAUGAAGUACCACUAAAUUAUUCGAUGGCUUGAUCUUGAUCUGCACCACUGACUCGAUAUCUCAUUUUCGUGGCUUUUCCUUCUGUUCUGGCUCUGUUGAGCCAGUGUGGCCUGAGCUGAGGUAGUGACUAGUGCCUAGGAUAGGGGAGCCGAGCCGAUCUGCCGAGCCAAGCAAGGGGCAUCGGGGGUCUACGGUGUUGAGCCGUGCAGUGCAGUGGAAUUCCAUUCUAUCCACCCAAGGCCAAGACUCAAAGACACGUCUCAUUUGGAGUUGGAUGUCUGUAGUUCUUCAUGAUAAACAGUUGUAGGGGAGCACAGAGUUGGGGCAGUUCGGAUCCCGUUAGAUCUUCAUAUUCUGAAUUUCAAGAUUGAUCAUGAUUUAGACCUAGAUUUGCAGUCACAGAUUAACUGUCCUUGGCCACCAUGCAUCCUGGAAGAUUACCACCUCUUAAACAGCACCACCACCACAACCACCAUCAGGAUCCAAUACUAGCACCAUCUGUAAAUCUAGAUGAUCUGCACAAAGAAGACAAUAUGGAAUCUGAAGAUGAAAUGCCCUCUUUAGGGGCUAACCACCAUAAAAUGUCUUCCUUCCAUGCCAAAGGAAUCAACCAAAGUGAUAUGAAGAUGGGAUCACAAUAUCCUCCGUCUCGUGCUGUGAGCACGUUGACGAUGAUCCAGCCAAACAGGGUCGGUGCGGCUGGUACGCAGGUGGUGGUGAAGAAAGAACAUGCAAUCGUCCUACGGAAGUACAAGAAAAGAAGAGGGUCUAAUGCAAGUUCUCUCAACAUGUUACAAGGAGGAGAUACUGAUCAACCAUGGAUUCGAGAGAAUAUUCUGAUGAGAGAGUGUACCCGCUUCACACCGGCUCCUCCUGAUCCAAAAGACAGAAAGAGAGACGAAGAUCCCAAGUGUCAGUGUAAAAAGAGGAGGAAGAAACACGAAGAGAGAUUUUUACAGAACCCAGACCCAACGGCCAAAUGGAAAGUAGAAACCCAUACCCAUACUCUUGCCACAAAUGCCUACGGGGAGAUAGAGUUCAUUGGGGCUGUUGGAGGGGCUGUGGGCCAGAAAGCAAGGAAGUUCAUAAGAGUGGAUUAUGAUACUGCUCCUUCUAAGCUUCUCUCCCUCUUUCAAGAUGUUUGGAAGCUUCCCAAACCUAAACUUCUCAUCUCGGUUACUGGAGGAGCACAAAACUUUCCCCUCAAUCACAGACUCAAAGAUGUCUUCCGCAAAGGCCUCAUCAAAGCUGCUACCAGCACAAGUGCUUGGAUCAUUACGGGAGGAACCCAUGCUGGUGUGAUGAAGUAUGUAGGGGAUGCUGUCAGGGACCACACCCUUGCUAAUGGGCGGAGCAACGUGGUUGCUAUCGGGAUAGCGUCAUGGGGGGUGAUUAGAAACAGAGAAAAGCUCAUAGAUGAUAACGGCAAGUUUCCAGCUUCCUACAACAUGGAUGCCAAAAAGGGUAAUACAAUGAAUGUUCCUAUAGAUCCAAACCACACCCACUUCAUUCUCGUAGACAACGGGACAAUAGACACGUUUGGAGUGGAAAUAACGCUCAGGGGGAAGUUAGAGAAGGCAAUCUCAGAGGAACAAAUACAAAAAUCGUCGGGGAAUGAUACAGCUGUGUCGAUCCCGAUCGUAUGUGUGGUCGUGCAAGGUGGACCCAACACAAUCCAGACAGCUUAUGAAGCCAUCAGGAAUGGAACUCCUGUUGUCAUCGUUGCAGGAUCAGGGAGAGCUGCAGAUAUCAUGUCCUAUGCAUUCCAACAUACCAAAGAAUACAAAACUACGGAAGGAAAGAAAGAAAUAGUGAGGAAUGUAAUGUCAGAGACGGUCAAAGUUGAAGUUGCCAAUAUGAUCCAGAAGGAGUUUGGUGAGAAGCAAUUGGACCUUCACCUCACUCGUAUUGAGGCCUGCAUCCAGCAUAAGCAUCUGAUCACUGUCUAUGAGCUGGGGGCUAGUGCCACCAUGGAUAUUGACGGUGCUAUUCUUCAUGCUCUUCUUAAAGCUAACAAGGGAAGGAUCCAAGACCAGCUGAGGCUAGCUCUGAUCUGGAACCGUGUGGACGUUGCCAAACGAGAGAUCUUCACUGAUGAUCGGGAGUGGGGGAAAGGACAACUGAAUGAAUCCUUGCGCUAUGCCUUGGUGAAUAAUCAGGUCAAUUUCAUUGAACUCUUCUUAGAGCAAGGGGUCAAUCUGAAGGAAUACUUGACCAUCAAGGAAAUGACCAUUCUUUACAAUGAGAUUCGGUCAAAUUCACUUCUUUACGAACAGUUGGAGAAAUACAGAGGAAAGUACUCCAAUAUCAAGUUCAAUCUUGAGCACGUUGGCAAGGUUAUCCGAGAUCUGAUGUUUGACACUUACCAGCCGCUCUACCUGCGGGAUCCAGGGGUAUACGUCCUAUCGGAAGAUGACAUCAGGCAAGACAAGUCCAAACGAAAUGAAGCAUUUGAUGACACCAGUGAUGACGAGUCAUCAACCGAUGAGGAAGAUGAUGAGAACGAAACCGGUGCCACACCCAGGGUCGAUCCAUUCUCUGUGGAAGAAGGGCUAGCCAGUUUUGGAAAUGCCAUGAUGCCAGCAAUGCCUUUGGCCACAAUCCAAGAACACAUAGAGAUGAAAUUCCUUCCCGAAGAUGAACCUAUAGAUAUUGAUACAGGUUUCCGUGUAGAUGACAUGAAUAGGAAUGUGCAGACCAACCAGUUUGAGUAUCCUCUCCGUGAACUCUUCAUCUAUGCCAUCCUGCAGAAUUGGCAUGAUAUGGCCAAGCUGUUCUGGGAGGAAGGCAGGGAAUCCAUAGCAUCCGCACUAGCAGCAAGCAAGAUGCUCAAGGGAAUGGCCGACAAGGAAGACGACUCGGACCAGAUCGAUAACAUGAUAGCACACGCAGAAACCUAUGAAGAGUUAGCCAUAGGCGUUCUGAAUGAGUGCUAUGUGGAGGAUGAAGAACGUUCAGCCUUGCUUCUGGUCUGUGAGCUUCCAUUCUGGGGUAAUUCUACCUGCCUUAACAUGGCUGUGGAGGCAUUGGACAAGAACUUCAUUGCACACUCGGGAGUACAGAAUCUUCUCACUCAAAUCUGGAUGGGUAAAAUAUCGGAUGAGACCAGUCCAUUUCAGCUAUGGAUGUGUACCUUGUUCCCGCCAUUGAUAUAUUUUUUGGUGAAAUUCCGUGAAGAUGAGGGUGAUGAAGAACAAGCAGAGCUUGAGAAGAGACUAAGCAGCAAGAAGGAGAAGCUGGCUGCUAAAUCAGUUGAUGAUGUCUUUGUACCUGAAGGUGAUCCAAGGAAUAAGAGUAUUGAGAUGGGAGUUGUUGUCCAACCUCCUUCUGAGAGCGGUGACAGUGGAAUGGCAAGCCAGACCAGGCUACUUGAGAACAAGAAUGGCCACGCUGCUAAGCCAAAGUCAGAGGAGGAAAAAGAUGAAGAUACAUUCAGCCUUAUGAAUGCUCGUCUUGACAUCAGAGACAGUGGCAAAGAACUCUCGUGGUGGCAAAGAUUCAAGUUCUUCUAUGAUGCACCCAUGAUCACUUUCAGACAUAAUGUGUUGUCCUACAUUGUCUUCUUGGUGCUGUACAGCUAUGUCAUCCUUGGCAAAUUUGAGAAGGAAAUCUUUGAGUACGUCCUUAUCGUCUGGGUUAUAUCUUUAUUCACUGAGGAGUUUAGACAGAUUGCUCAAGGUGAAAGCAGCACUUGGAAGAGCCGUCUCAUUGCAUGGAUCACUGACUACUGGAACUUACUUGAUCUUGCGACCCUGACAUCCUUUGCAGUUGGGGAGAUCUUACGGUUUAGUGGCUUCUCUGAAGCAGGUCACGUUGUUCUUUCGUUGAACCUCAUCCUCUUCUGUAUUCGACUGCUUCACAUCUUUUCCAUCAGCAAGCAACUGGGACCAAAACUCAUCAUGAUCCAAAGGAUGAUGGUUGAUUUGAUCUUCUUCAUCGCCAUCUUAGCUGUGUUUCUCAUCGGUUACGGGAUCGCAUCCCAGGCCAUUCUCUUCCCUGAUGAGACCAAUAUCAGUGUUAUCAUGAGAGGAAUCCUCAUGAGGUCAUACUUUCAGAUCUUUGGAGAACUCUUCCUGGAGGUCAUUGAAGGCUCUGACUGCACAGACAAUGCAACCUUGGUUGAUGGUGUGGACUUCAAUCCAUGUCCCCAACAUUCUUGGAUUGGUAUCAUUCUGUUAGCUGGUUAUAUGAUGAUCAGUAAUGUCCUACUCCUUAAUCUACUCAUUGCCAUGUUCAGUUAUACUUUCUCGGCCAUCCAAGACAACACCGACACCUUCUGGAAGUUUCAGCGCUACGAUCUUAUCAAGGAAUACUUCAACCGUCCACCUCUCAUACCGCCGUUCAUCAUCAUCUCUCAUUUCUUCUAUACGAUACGCUUUAUCCUCCGAUGCUGCUGCCAUACAUGUACCAGUUGGCAGAUACCUGAGCUCAAGCAAUCAUUGACGGAUCAAGAAAAGAAGACUCUUGUUCUGUGGGAAGGCAUCAAUUCAGAUAACUACACAGCUAAGCAAAGAGUAUUGGUUCAACAGGAUCUCAAUGAAAGGGUCAAAGUAGCUGGUGAUAGAGUUGAAGACAUGACAAUGAAACUAGACCAGGUGUUUGAUGAUGCUGAGACUCAAAAGGGUAAAUCAGGACAUCUUGGAGGAAAAGCCUUUGAAGAUAGACUAACCAGACUUGAAGACAGGAUGGAACGUACCAAUGAUGCCCUUGAUUGGAUCAUCAGUGCUCUUUCACGUGGUGGUAACGUGGAGGGCAAAUUGACACCACCAAAACUCAAAGAGAUUAAAAGCAGAGAAGAAUCCCUAGACAUUGCUGAGGAAGAACGUAGAUUUGAAGUGCCCGUCUCCAUCGAAGCUCUGGGAAUCAUGAUCCAUAAAAAGUCUCGAGCCAGUCCGUACCCUGGGACCGCUCUUCGAAGAUUUCCUGUCCCAGAUAACAAAGUUCCUUGGGAAACGGAUUUUCCACUCUACACACCUGUAAUAUACACUCAUAAGAGUGUGAAGGAAGGACCACACUGGGCAGACAUUGACCUGAUGAGUAUGGUCAAGAACGCACGUCCACCACUUCUAUACAAUCAGAUGGAUGAGAAAUGUAAAUACAACCGCAGGAGUCACAUGAAGGCUUACCAAAUCAAAGAUGGGCUUCCACUAAAUCCCAAAGGACGUACAGGACUCUCUGGUAGGGGUCUACUAGGAAGAUGGGGUCCUAACCAUGCAGCUGACCCAAUAGCAACAAGAUGGAAGAGGAAGUCAGAUGGAACCAUCUUGAUGGAUGAAGAGAAACCAGUCUUAGAAUUCAUUGCAAUACAGAGAGUAGAUAACCAACAAUGGGCAAUACCAGGGGGUAUGGUAGAGCCUGGUGCUCUGGUCAGUGAGACGCUGAGGAGAGAGUUUGGAGAAGAAGCUUUGGGUGCUCUCAACAAGACAGAAGAAGAGGCUGCUGACAUCAGAGAACAUGUUGAGAAACUCUUCUUAAAUGGGGUUGAGGUAUACAAGGGUUAUGUGGAUGAUCCAAGGAACACAGAUAAUGCUUGGAUGGAAACUGUUGCUAUGAACUUCCAUGAUGAAGACGGCUCUGCCUUUGGGUCUUUCAAUCUUGAGGCCAGUGAUGAUGCUCAGAGUGUAAGGUGGCAACGAGUUAGCUCUAAGAUCCCUCUCUUCGCCAGUCACACAGCCAUGUUAAGGAAGGUUGCGGAAUUACAUAAUGCUGCAUUCUAAACGACAAAAAUAUCGGGUAACGUCUUUCAGCAAGGUGCCUUUUAAGUUUGUUCGUGAUCCAAUCUUUUUGUCUGAAUAAAAUUUGAAUUUGGAUCGACUGGAUGUUGGAAUGAAACCUAUGAAUUGUGACCACUUGAGGGAGAAUUAUAUGACUUCAUAGGCAAUUGUUUUUUUUUUUACACUUCCUAUUGAUCUCACAGUACAUUGACCUGGAAAUGUGGUCAUCAGUUCAAAAUCACCAGGGUGUUUUUCAUGCCAAUUGGCAAAUUUCUCAUUUCUAGACACAUUUUCAUUGAUAUCCUUAUGUUCCUGAUACCUAACUUUCAAUUCAACAUUUAUUUCCAAGGUAAACACAUAAGUACAUUUCUAAAGCUUGUGACUAGUGCACUGUGACAUAUAGACAAUAAAGACAUAAUGCAUGAAAAAAAACCUUAUCAAUACAAAGUACAAAAUGCAGCAGUGAAUGAUAAAGCUGAUGGAAAAAAUUCAAAUAAUUUACAUAAUGAGAAAACAUUCAAGGGAAAUGAUAUGUGUCAUUUAUAGAUGGAUGAUCUACAUAGAUAAGUGGUCUAUUAACACUUUGCUAGCUCCUGAUGCCCAUUGGUACAAUGUGGUUUGAAUGCCUUGUCAACAUGUUACAGGUUAUGAAGUGUAGAAUGUGAAAUACCAAUUGUAGAACUAUAUAUGUAUAUUUUUGUAGGACACGAUUGCUCAGUAGAUAUAGUAGAAAUAAUAAGUUGGGAGAGAUGUGCAAUUUCUUUCAUAGACUGACUAAAUCAUAGUACUUGCCUUAGCUAGUACCAAAUCAAGAUUUUUUAUGUUGUGUAUAGAUCUACAAUGUGUUUUAAAAUGAUUUUCUUUGAUAAUCAAAUGUUAUUUUAAACAGAAAGUGCACAUGUCACCAUGUUGGCCUUUUUAAGCAGGAAAAAUGAUAGAAAGGUAUUAAAGGUCAAAACCAUCCUAACUCAAAGAAAUAAAAAAAAAUCAAACAAGCAUAUGCAGAAAAUUUCAUUCAAAUUUGACAUGAGAAAGUAAUGAGCGAAAAUGUAAUGUUUUGCUUAUUUUUCAUAAAACAGUUUAAUAUAAGUACAUUACAGAGAUAUUCAAAUAAGGCACUCACUAUUUCUUUUGUAUUUUUAUUAUAUGAAUUAUACAAUAUUUCAGUGUUUGCAAGUUUGACAAUAAGGGGACUCUUCAUCAGAUCACGAUACCAAAAUAUUCAGGUUCUUUGAUGGAUUUUCGCUAAAUCAUUAAUAUCUUUUUGUCAUUUUUCUGAUUUUAUCGAACCAAUUUAAGGGUGGACUUAUUCUUCAAUCAAAAUUAUAUGACUGGAUAUUUAUCAUACACUAAUGCUUUGACAUAUAGAAGAAUAUUCACCUUUUGUGUUUUUUUUUAAUAUAAAUCAAUAUCUGUCUGAAUAUGGUGUGAUAUUCAUUAUGCUGUAUUGAUAUUCAUUAUAUUAUAUAUUGAUUUGAAUGAUAAUAUUUAAUCUAACAUGAAGAUUUAUUUUGUAAAACCUUUUAGGGCCUUUGAAAUAUCACAGCAGUGCCCAAAUGUGCCAUACACUGCAUGCUUACAAUAAGCAUUUAUUUUGUGUGUUUUUUAAUGUAGACUUUUUAAGAGGACUAUGACUCAUAGAUUAUUGCUUUGAUUGUAUUGUCCUAGGCAGGAAACAGGAACAGCCAAUAAUGAGUAUAGUAUGGGUAGCUGAUACAAGUUAAUUGUGAUCAGUGCAGUCAGUUUUUCCUGGUACCAUUAUACUUGACACCUCGGGAUGUAUCUAUUAUCCCCCAUCCUCAACGCUGAACAACAAAAAUACCACACACAAAUUUUUUACAAAUGGGUAAAGUAAAAAUGAUAUGUUCACAUUUGUUUGGCACAGUAUGAAGGUGCAGAUUAACAGCACAUUAUUUGAUUAUAAACACUAGUAUUUAUUUCAUUAAUUAGACAGACAAAGUCAUCAGUAGGACAGGAUUAAUGUAGAUUCAACAAGAUCAGACCAGACAGGGAGAUACUAUUCAUUCAUUCUUUAGAUAUUCACAACCAAAAUUGACAUAACAAAAGAUAUGCAAUUUGUGUUACAUUUUACUUAAUCCUCACAUACCUCAUAUGAAAUUUGUUUUUACAUGUAUAUAUUGCCGAGAUACUCCUUUCUUUUGUAAGAAAAUUUACCUGUGUUUUUAUGUUUUUCUCUCCGUUUAGUAAUAAUGCACUAGUUAAUGGAUGCACUCAGUGGGUAAUUGUGACACAUUAUUAUUAUUUGACAAGACAUAUCAAAAUCAAUCACAAACAUGUUCAUCAAGAUCACUGAGCUUUACAAUAAAAUAUUUAUAAAACUUGUAAUGUAAUAUGUGUAGAGCUAACAGGUGGUGAGCUGCAUAAUAUAUAUUUUUUUCAAAUUUAUCAUGAAUUAUUAUGUCAUUGUUAAUAUCGAUCAUGUAGAUACUUUCCGUUGACCGUAUGUAGAGGCUGAAUUAUGAAUUAUUAUUGUGUAUAACCUAUUGUUUGAGAUUAAAUUGACACCUAAAGAAACACAUUUUAUACUAAUUUUGAAUGUAUAUGUGAAUCUGGAACAGAAUAUCUACACCAUAAAUGAACAGUUUCUGAGAAUUUGCUUGAUGAAUUAUUGUAUAAAUUAGCAAAUCUUUUAAGGAAUGAACUGUAGAAUUUGUGGGAUAUGCUAUGAAAUGUUUUCUGAUUUUCCAUUUGGAAAUGUGAUUGCUCAAUCCUCAUUUAGAAUGCUUCAAUUUUAGAAAGUGAUUCAAUAUGAAGAUGAUGUGCAAUUCUCGGGUGAAAUUGAUGCACCAAUUGUGGCUUUGAAUUUGAGUGGUACCUUUAUACUGCAUCUACUGGAAAAUACAGUUGUUUCUGCAGUCAAGUUUCCAGGGGCCUGAAAGGACUUGCAACUGUUGUAACUUUGCCAUAAUGGCAACUAACAUGGUAACAGGGCUCAGCAGCCAAUCAGAAUCAAGGUUUCCGUGGUAGUUGCCAUUAUGGCAAAGUUACAACAGUUGUAAAUGCUUUAUGAAACGGGCCCCAUGUCUAUCUUGUACUAUGCAAGUGAUAACGUAUAAGCUUGAAUUGUGAAAAUCAGCCUUUAAGCAGACUUUAUUCUACAUCAAUAUCUUUGCCUUUUCACUAUCAUUAUAAAAUAAAGUUAUGUUAGCUUAUAGUGUGCUUUAUAGAUGUACAUGUAUGUUAAUAUUUAUCUUUAUUGUACUUCUAUGUAUUACUAUGUUUGGAUAGUAAAAUGACUGUAUAGAUCAUGGUCUGCCUUCGGUUUGGCAUUUCCUUAGAACAACACUUCAAUUUUAUUAAGUAGCUUUAAACAUUUCCCUUAAAAUCAUUUUAAGUUUAUGAAAUGAGAUUCUACAACUCCAAUUUAUUUUUAUGCAAAUAUUAAUGUUUUACCAGAUUGAUUCAAUUUUUUUGUGUCUUUUGUUCUGAAAUAUGUGAUUUAAUUUGAAGAUAUCAUAUAUUUAUUUUAACACAGGUUUAUGUAAAUACAAAUAUGGUGUAAGUUUGUUUGGUCGUGUUUUGUUGGAUUUCAUGCAAGAAAUAGAAUUUAAAUGUUCAUGUCAAUGUACUGUAUGAAAGAAUAUUGCAAGAGAUAUUGAAAAACUGAUGAUAGUGCUACUCGGUAAUUUUUCAAAGAUUCAGAAAGAGUUAUGAGAUUAUGAUCCCUCUGAUUUCUUACAAUGAUAAAUCUAAUGAAUAUGAAUCUUUAACUUAUGAGACUGAUAAAUGUAGAUUCUGUAUUUUAUUACAAAUGUGGAACUAUCACUAAUCAUGCAAGUUUAAAUGAAAUAUGUUUCAUUUAAAGAAGAAUUUAUAAAACAGAAAGUUAAUUGAACUAUUAUGAAUAUCAAAAAUUAUUUGUGUUUAUGUCAUCAUAAGGCUGGUAUACAUUUUUAUUACUGAUAUUACUGUCAAGAAGAUAUCAGUUGAUAAUGUGAAGUUACUUUGAUGGCCAUGUUGUUGUUCAUACAGGGAAAUGAGAGAAAAUUAGAAAAUUUUCUUUUCUGAUUACCAAUGAUGCAUCAAAAGAAUAUUACAGUAUCUUUGUAAUCAUGAUUAUUCUAAAAAGAAAUCUGUUGUGAUGAUGUUUUAUUUGAUUGGAAAUACCAAUUAGAAUCAUGAUAUUAUCAUAGAAGAAUAGCAUGUAAGGUUGAAAUAGAAUAUUUGAAUGAAAAACAAUGUGUUAACAAAAGCAGAAAAUAAAAAUGGGUCAGUGAAUUGAAAAAAAAAUAUUGAAAUUCAAACCUCCAAAUUGAUAUGAGUCAUUUAUGAAAAACCAAUAUUCUGAAGGCUCUUGCUAUGAUCAAGAUGCUAUAAUGCAGCAGUUGCCCGAUGUUCUUUAUGUCUCUUGGGGAAAAUACGACAUCUGUAUUGCAAGUCAACUAAUUUUGCUGAAUUUAUUACACAUAUUAUAUUGCAAGCAGGAUGGGGAUCUUCAAGAUGUGUGAAAAACAAAUGUGUCCAUAUGUCCAUGUGUUAUAUUUUCCCAAAGUGAAAUAUUUUACAUACAUGAUUUUUGUUUUUGACAUGACAUUUUUUAAAGAUAAUUUUUUGUCCAAGUAUUUCUAACUUUCCAUGUUUACUGAUAUCUGCUUCUUUGGAAUUGCAUCCGAUUUAGGGUUUAAUUUAUUCUUCAAUAGAAAACCAUGCAGAUAUUCUAGGAGUAUCCUAUAUUUACAGUACUCAAUGGACCUACAAGUGAUUGGAAAUGAUGAAGAAUAUUUGUUUCUUGUUAUAGACAAAAAAGAGACAUCAAAUUUGUAUAUUGUAAGCAAUUUGUAAUAGAAAUGAGUAAAGAUAAGGUAUUUUUAUAUAUAUAUUGUACAUGUACAAGUUAUACUUAUCAAUGUUAUAUAGAGAUAUUAGCAAACAGUUUUUUUUUAGAGUGUGGUAUUAUCAAUUUCUUUAUGGAAAGUCUUUCAAAAGCAAACCCCUAUGGAUUGACAAAGUGCAUUAGAAAAUGUAAAUACCUUAAAUCAGUACAAUCAUGGUUUGAUUUUCAGAUUGAAUUUUAUUAAAGAAGGAAUUGUUUUUUGUAUACUGAGAUUAUGGUUAAUCCAUCCAAUUUAUAGAAGAUUUAGCCUUAGCAUCAAGUGCAUUAAUUGAGUCUUUCGCUAAGCAAUCAAAUCUUGAUGUGCAAAGUAGACUGCUGUUUCCAUUCAGUGCUUAUUUGAUUUACACUAUAUAUCAUGUUUUUGAGAUUUUUUCUUAAUAAUUAUAAAUAGAAUCAUAGACAACCUGGUAUUUCAUUUGCCAAUUUUGUUCCACUAACGUAAUUCUAAUUGCCUUAUGAGAGAUAUGUAUAUGUAUUAAUUGUACUAUUUUAUUCAUUCCUGCAUGUAAGAGAACAAUAUUUUCAAUAGAAAAUGUUCAUGGUAGGAUUUUAUGUUUGUUUUUCACCCUUAAAAACCUGCUGAAAAUUGUAACAAACAGUCAUGUUUAUACCUGUAAUAUCAUUAUUUUCUAAUGAAUUACAGGGAAUUUUGUAUACAAGUGUGUAUGUAAUGUAAAUUAAAAU